AUGGAAAAGGUAAACCCGCAGUAUUCCAAUCCUACCCGGCUAAGAUCUACUCUAGACGAUCUAGCGGAUUUAUCAGCGAGCCCCAUCAUCGGGAAUCAUGAGAUCCACGAAGGCAAGUACUUCAUGGUCAUCGGCCUUGGCACACCGCCUGUGUCCAAUCUUGUCACAGUCGACACCGGCUCCACGCUUUCCUGGGUUGUGUGUGAACCAUGCCAGAUCGUAUGCCACCCAACCGCCCCGGAGGCCGGAGCCGCAUUCAACUCCAGCAACUCAACAACAUACCAGCGUGUGGGGUGCUCGAGCAGAGAUUGCACCGAAGUGCAGCGCAGCCUUGUGGCUCCAUUCGGCUGCAUCGAGGAGACCGACACCUGCCUCUACAGCCUGCGAUACGGUUCAGGUUCGUCAGGCCAGUAUUCUGCAGGCAGGCUGGGGAAAGACAAGCUCACGAUCGGGAGCGGCUCCAGUACCGUCGUUGAUGGCUUCGUCUUUGGGUGCAGCGAAGAUGACAAUUUCAACGGCCGUGAGUCGGGCAUGAUUGGCUUUGGGGAUGAGAGCUUCUCCUUCUUCAACCAGGUAGCUCAGCACGCGAAUUACACCGCCUUCUCCUAUUGCUUUCCAGGUGACCACAGGGCCGAGGGAUUCCUGUCCAUCGGACCCUACCCCAAGUAUAAUCUAGUCUAUACCCAAUUGAUCCCCGAAUUUGGGGAUAGGCUGGUGUACUCACUUCAACUGAUCGAUAUGAUGGUGGACGGGAACCGGCUCCAAAUCGAUCCAGCUGAGUACAGAGAGCGGAUGCUGAUUGUCGAUUCUGGAACUGCCGACACCUUCCUUGUAGCCCCGGUGUUUGAUGCGUUCAGCAAGGCUAUGAUAACAGCAAUGCGAGCCAAGGGGUUUGUGAGUGACAUUGAUGGCACGAUGACUUGUUUCACGCCUCCUGGUGGUAACUCGGUGGAAUGGGGUGACCUUCCAACGGUGGAGAUGAAGUUUACGAGGACCAGCCUGAAGCUUCCACCAGUGAACGUGUUCUACGGACCGUCGUCGUCAACUGGUGAAGUUUGCUUGGCCUUUAAGCCGGAUGCUGCUGGUGUGAGAGACGUCCAGAUCCUAGGGAACAAAGCGACGAGAUCAUUCAGGGUUGUGUAUGAUCUCCAGGCCAGGUUAUUUGGAUUUCAACCUCGUGCGUGUUGA